UCACUCUCUCUUUUAUUUGACAUUUUUAACGUCGUCUGUGUGCAUCGUUGCUUUCACAUGUAUUUGAUCAGUCACAUGUUCGUGACUUAAGGAAAAAUCAUGUUUUCUCGUGAGUUGAACACGAAGAUUGACAUUUGAGCAAAUCGUCCGAUGCCAUUUUGCAACACAAAUGCAGUACAUUCACGUUACAUUCGACUCAACAAAAACCAACGCAAAAUAAGUCUAAUUAAACAAAUCAAAAGUACAAUCCGGUUUUUUAAAACAAAAUUAUUAAAAUCAGUUUGAUUUUUUUGUGUUGUGCUAUUAAUUAUGGAUCAACAAGGAAAACCAAUUCCCAGUUCAAGCGUGAUUGCCGAUUUGAACAAUGAAACGGGUGCCAAGCCAUUCGACUAUGAUCAAUCGCAAUGGCAAUGGCCAGUGCCGGUUGUAGACAAUUCGAGUGAACUACGUCUUGUACAACCAAUCGAAAAAGCAACGAUAAAUGCUGAUGUCAUCGAAGAGCAUGAUAAAGACAAUUUGGAAAUGGAUCAUGAACGAUUCAUCGCAAUUAUAAAUCAAACGUUAAAUUUGAAGGGUCGACCAAUGGCAAACGGUGCCGAAUUUAUACUGUACACUGAAGAAGAAACUGAUUUGAUUAGUAAACUCGAGUAUGAUAACCCACAAUCCCAUGGGUGGUAUGCAAAACAGGUGAGAGGAUUAAAACGAAAACGAACGUCAAUUCUUCCAGCAGAAAUACAAGCCUACAUCGAUAACAUAAAUACGCUCAAGGAAGAAGUUCCGAUUCCGAACGUGGAAGACGUUGUCGAAAUAAUUGCUGAUGGCAAAAAAUACUGGAUGACACCAUUCCAUUUUGAACAUUCUGCUCGAGCGAUAUCCGAGAAAUUGAUGUGGCAGUAUAGAGUUAGUAGAUUUGGAACACGUAUUCAAUUCUUCCUGAAGAAAAUCGAAUUGACCACAAUCGAACAGGAAAUAAUCGCUUUAUACUACAAUGAAACUCACAAGGAGGGUUUCGCAACCAAUCAAGAAUGGCCUCGCAUUUUGAAAAUGGUUGUAAGCAAUCACGUCUUUAAUACCGACUGGUUUAAUUCGUCGGACAAACUUCUUUGUGCUGUACCUGACUGCAAGGCAUACAUUUAUCCUUGCCUUACAUUGGAUGGGGAAUUGAAAUUCAAGCUUGUUCCUCACGACGAAAACGUAGCACAUUCUCACGAAACGACUCCAGCCCCAGCACCCAUUCGCACAGUGAAAAUACAAAACUCAACGGUCCAACAACGGCCCAGCAAGCAGCUAACACCAACUGAUUUCAUACAUCAUUGGACACCGGGUGGAAAAAAAGGCACACAUUUUUUGUGCAACGGAUUCACAUAUCGACAUAGAAAAGUGGCUACUGGGAAUUAUCAAGGAAAUUGGCCUUGCACUAAACACCGAACAAUUCAUUGCCCGGCCAUUGCUUUUGAAAGAAUCAUAAAUGGUGUGCAACUAUUCGCAAUUGUUGGUGAUCACAACCAUAACAUACAAAAAUAAUGAUCUUUUC